GCGUGAACGAACGAUUUCACGCGGACCGGACGAGAGCGAUCUCGUAUAUCCGAUAUGCGAUAGCACAUAUGUAUAGCAGCGAUGCAUACGCGCUUCUCGCGCAAAGAUGGUCGACCGCCGCGAGCGCAUCUGUCAAGCGAUACAAUGAUCCUCGCGUGAAGCCGUGUUAUGCACCGUUAAGGAACAGAGAACGUUGUCCGCGCGAAUCGUCCGGUGACCGAGUGGCAAAUUAAAGAUUAACGCCGUUAAAUAUACUGGCUAUGAAAAUGAAGAUUCCAAACAACGGGUCAGGCAAUGGUUAUUAUGGGCACGACACAGGUAUCAUUUCCUAUGUGGACAACAACAUUGAUACCGAGGCAGAAGUGCCAGCAACAGGCGAUGGAGAUUUCUCCGAGUACCUGUGGAUGGAGAAUGAGGAAGAGUUUGACAAACAGGUACUCCAACAAUUAGAAGAGGAGGAGCUGAUGGAGGAGUGUUUGGAAGCAAUGUUGGAGGAGGAGAGGCAACACGAAAGGAACAUAAAUUCGACCGCAUGGUCCACAGCUACCGGGACCUCCGACAAUAACACGACUGAACUCUGUCAGCAACUCAGUAAUCUCAAAAUGCAGGAUGAUCUUGCCAAGCAGAGCACGCUAAAUCCGGACGCAGCUGAGUUUGUUCCAGCGAUCAAAACGACGACGGUAAGUACAUCGUCAGGAGCCGUCGAGUCAACGUCGAAAAUUUAACUUUACCCGCUUACGUUUAAGUCAUGUAAAGUCGGGCUAUACGUAAUGGCUAGAGAGUCUACUAUUUCCAAUCGGACAAUUGUAUUAAGUGAACCGUGUUUAGAAGUUCAAUGACUGUGACUGUACGUACAAAGAUGUAAAGUACGCGAGUUGGAAUGUCGCGCCAUCGAUGCGCGUCAGUCCAGAACUUAAUAUCAGUUACGCAACCGGGUGAAAAAUAAUGUGCUACCGAAAUUUUUAUAGACCAGAAAUAUCACGCGAUAUUGAGUGAAGAAUUAUUAUAUUUCUUGCCGGAGCAAAACGAACGAUCAUGUAUACAAAUCACUCGUUAAAGGAAAUUUGCAAUUUAUAUAUCUCUUAUUCAAUCAUGUUUUCGCAGAGAUAAAUGCUUAUAGCAUUUGUGUUUUUUUAACUUGCAUAUAUAAUUAUAAAUUACUAUAUUGUAUAUUGAUCGAAAUAACCUGCAGUUCAAGUUGAGUUGGACUGAAGGAAUGUGUACUAGAUCCUUUAUAGACUUAAAUAAGUUUGUAGAGUCAAGGCAAUGAUACACACCUACACACACCUACCUACACAUACACAUUAUCUUGUAAAUUAUGUUUAUAUCUUAUGUAUGUAUGUCUCGAUCAGAUCUUAUCAUGCUAAAGAUUAUGUAACUCUUUUAUCUUUUAUACUUUAUCAAGCUGUAAAAUUUUUCACAGUCAUGAGUUUUACAGCUUGAUAUACAUCGUGUCCAAUGAAAACUUUCCUCAAGAGAGUUCCUUUUGUAAUACUUAUAAUAGAAGAUGAUGUUUGCAGAAUUGUUAGCAGGACAUGUUACAUUAUGAUCGCGAGAUACUCUAAUAAUCAUGUAUAUCGGAGAUGUAUUAUUUUGUGAUGAAUAUUUCAUCAGAUAGAUAAAACUGGUACCAUCAGUUGCGAGCGUGUAUAGUCGGAGAAAAAGAUUUAUUAUUUAUGCGAUUGUAUUAUUUUAUUCAGGAAUUUGGUAGAAACGCAAGUCCCGAAAAGUACUAAUUUCAUAAUUUGGAAGAGUAAGACAGAAACCCCCCGAAAGGUCAUAACUUUGAAUUUAACAUAUGGAAAAUAUAUGACAAUAUAUGAACCUUACGUGAAAAGAUUUUA